AUGGGUGCCCUGCGUUGCUGGUGUGAAGAAUGUGCUGAGGCUGACUUCUUCACCCUAGGCUGUGAAGAGCUAAGUUUGAGUCAGACGCAAUCUCCUACCGUGAAAAUCCCACACAGAUCCCCCGACGGGGUAAACAGGUGGCAAUCCAGGCCCACUUCUGAGGUUCCCGGCUGGGCGGUUGCUCCAAGGGGCCUCUACAGGGACCGCCACCGACCGGACGACUCAGACAUAGACCUUCUCUUGGAAGAGGGCCACGACAACUCCACUCAAAUUGUGAACAUGGAUCACGCCUAUUAUGCGUCUAAAAUCGUCGGUCCUGGAGAUGCAGGAGGUACAGACGCGUGGGUCAACAUUGAGCGUGCCGAUCGGAGUGAGUGGAAGACUUGCAGAUAUCUGUCCAGCACGCACCGCCAAGCCGAGAGAGUCAACCUUUCCUUUGACUUUCCCUUCUACGGUCACAUGCUGAAGGAAGUUACUGUGGCGACCGGAGGCUUUAUUUACACAGGUGAUCUCAUCCACCGCAUGCUCACCGCCACUCAGUACAUCGCUCCACUCAUGGCCAACUUCGACCCCAGCCUAUCCAGCAACUCCUCCGUCUUUUACUUUGAUAACGGCUCUGCUCUGGUGGUUCAGUGGACCCACCUCCAACUGCAGGACAAUGUCCACUCUGGCACCUUCACGUUUCAAGCCGCUCUGCACAAUGACGGACGCAUUGUCUUUGUCUACAAAGAGAUUCCUAUUGAGAUCAGCGAUAUCAGUAGCGAUAAUCACCCAGUCAAAGUCGGUUUGUCGGACGCUUUUGUGGUUCUUCACAAGAUUGAGCAGAUCCCCAAUGUGCGUCGGAGAACCAUCUACGAGUACCACAAGGUUGACAUUCUCAAGUCCAAGAUAUCCAAUGCCACGACAAUAGAAAUGCUACCUCUCCCUACAUGCUUGCAGUUCUCCAGCUGUGCUCCGUGUGUCACUUCUCAGAUUGGCUUCAACUGCAGUUGGUGCUCUCGCCUGCAAAGAUGCUCAAGCGGUUUCGAUCGAAGCCGCCAAGACUGGGUGGACCACGGCUGCCAUGAAGAGAGACGAGAUCCCCAUUGUCUGCGAGCGUUUGAUGUCACAGACACGUCGUACCGCCACCGUACAGCGGCGCCCACUCCCGUUUCGACAUCGGGACAGCGGAAGACCUCCAGCCCGACCGCCACCUCUCUUGGCAGGGCGUCUACUGCUGAAAACCAGCCGACACGAAGCGACUUGAAGGCAACGUCCACUCCUCGUCCCUCAAUCGGCCAACCUGCAGAGAAUGGCGAGGACAACGACACAGGCCAACAAGAGCAGGCGGGUCUACUAAUUGGCGUGGGCGUGGUAAUGUUUGUCAUGGUGAUGGGCAUUCUGGUGUCCGUCUACAUGUACAAUCACCCCACGUCCAGUGCCAGUCUCUUCUUUAUGGAGCGGCGUCCGGCUCGUUGGCCCACCAUGAAGUUCCGCCGCGGCUCGGGUCACCCUUCCUACGCCGAGGUGGAGCCCCAUGGCAUGGACGGUGCUACGGUCAUCGACCCCAAGCAGUCGUUUGUCAUGACCAUCAGACGAGAGAGCGAGCAGAAGGAAGGCUUCAUCGUCCCUGAUCCGAGGGAGCGCUUCCUAUGCUCGGAGAGCUCCUGACUUGAACUUUGACUCCCAGAAUGCCUUGUGACGCGGCCUUCUCUCACAUUUAUACCUCUAUGAGGAAAAUGAGUAAGUGUUUUUAUGCAGGCUUUGCGUGUGCCGGUGGACUGCUAAUGCUAUUUGCAAAAACAAACACGGACCAACUCUCUGGCCAAGAUCGCUGUUAUGUGUCAGGCUUCCCCCUCGAAACUUCUUCCUGCUCAUGGCGGAAUGUCUUUGCCCUGUGUCAUUUCCUCUUUUCCAAAAUACAAAUCAACCCGCCCUCAUGUGCAGGGUCAAAAAGGCCUCCUCUAUCAUUCAUUUUCAGGCAUAACUUUUAUUUUCUACUGAUUUUCUGCUACACAAAUAUAUACAUUACAGUGAUACAUCAACACAGUGGGAAUAUACAUUUGCUUUAAUCAUGUUUUGGUAAUUCAUUUAUUUCUGCACUGUGAUGAAAAGUAUCCCUAGAAUUGUGACAAAUUGGCUAUAUUUUGCAACGUUUUCUCUCUAGUACACGACAAACUGUAGCAGAAAGGAAGGCACCAGUCAAAAAGGCACUGUGGCAGUCUUUUGUCCUUGAAUUAGUUUUUGUUGUUUUCUGAAACAUAACAAAACAAAACAAAACUAAAUCAACAAUUAAAACAACACAAAUUCAUUCUAAUGCCAUAUAGUGUGAACAGUGAACAGUAAUUAUUCAAGAUGUCCCGAGGGUCCGAUCACGUCAUUUUCAAAGUAUCGGAAUCGGCAAAAAAAUA